UUGUUCCGUUAGGACUAUGGUCUUCUUCUGUUCUGGGAAUUGAUAUCCUGCCUAUAAAUGAAAUGGUACAGUUCAAUUGACCACUAGUUGCAGUGGCCUUUUGAGAUCUCGCCAGAGCAAGUGAUUCCCACAUGUGUGUGUUCAUCUGAUUGAUAAUUUGUUUUAUAGUCUGGUGUACAUGAUUGACUUAGAAAUUAGCGUUGCUAUUCAUUCCCUUUAAUAUCAUAUCAGAUGAAUCGAUCUACUAGCCUCUAGGUUUUAGUAAUCAUGGUUAAAUACUCGUGAAUUGUUGUUAUGCAGGAAAUGUUUCUGCUUUACUACAAGGGGUUCGAGGCCCGGCCUGUGUUACACUUUUCUGUUUUACUACAAGGGAAAUGCUGAUAUAUGGUGGUGUUUUUGCAAUGGCUGGGAAGGAGGUAUUUGGUAACUCCCUGAUGAACCAAGUUGGCUGGGAAGGAGCAACUUGAGGACGGGGUGAGCCUUUCUCGGACAGUGCCUACAACGACGACGGAUAAAUGCCAGAAGGCCUCCAUAGUAUCUGAGCACCUGUGGGAGAAAGAUUGAAGGGAGGCGUUGUGCAGUUCGCCAGGCGGGUGGCAACCACAGCUCUCCUGCUCGAUCCUCUCUGCCGCCUGGACAAACACGCCAAGAGGCAUGUGAGCAUCCCUGGCUAGUCCGCAGUGCUCCAUCCAGCUCGGGCUGGUCCUGUUCCUAGUUCCCCAUCUUCGGCCGGCAUUCCUUGAAAGCGCCGCAAACAUGGGCAAGUUUGCAGGUGACCGCUGAUGGCGGGAGAGGGGCUCUCCCCGGCUAAGGGAUGGGACAGGGAGGCAGAGAGGACGAUAUUGUUGUUGCUUGCUCAGGCUGCUGAUGCUGGCAGUCUAGCAGGAGCUGCUGUGGUUGACAACGCCCCCCAGCUUCUGCCGCUGGCCACAACUCCGACCAAUCGCUCCUGCCGCCGGCCAUGUCCAUGACUAUUAACAACCCUGCCAACUUCGCCAAACACGAAGCCAGCCUGAAGGUGGGCCCGACCAUAGCCAAGAUAUGGGGCUUCCCACCAAGUGUCGUGAGCUUGUGACCAACCAGCACUUCCGCGACCUGCAAAAGAAAAAAAAUCUGUGAUCAAUUGUCAGUAUUUUUUGCGCAUCUAGAGGCGUUACUUUGGCCUUGAGGAUAUUACUUUUGAUCUCUUCGUGCAGAUGAUGUGUAGUCCAACUUUGGGCAGAUGAUGUUACCAGGUCAAUCAGAUCUUUUGUUAUUGAUAACGUCGGGAGGUGAAGCCUUGGAGCUUUUUUAUGAGAAGUGUGGUGCCAAGAUUUUGUUGGGCCUGGGUUUUAAUUUGCAGAUGCAGUCGAAGAUUACGCUGGCUCUCCCCCUCUUUCUUAAUUUCGGGUUUCCAAUUUAUGGAUAUAGCUUGCUCAACUUUCACUGGCGAUACAACAAUCAGUACACAGAGGUGGUUCUCUUGCUUGGAUAUUCAUCAUUUAGUGCAAGCUUCAUUAUCUCGAUCGGUGUGAAUUGUGGUUUACAGGACCCUGACCUGAUAGCAGCAUUCAGUGACCCAGAGAUUAUGGCGGCUCUUCAGUGAUGCGCAAACCUGCCAACUUCGGCAAGCACCAAGCCAACCUGAAGGUGGGCCCCAUCAUAGCCAAGAUGAAUGGGCCCUCCUACUGAGUGUCGUGAGCAUGUGGCCAACUAGCAUUUCUGCGACCUGCGAAAGAAGGAAUUCUCUGGCCAAGUGGUGUCUUUUUUGCGCAUCUGGAGCGACACUUUGGUCUUGAGGAUCUUACUUAUGCUCUGUUUCUUGUUAGCAGCUCGUAGAAGGCAAUUUGGGAUGAUGAUGGUUGUGGGUUUUGUUGUACUUUUGAAUUGCCUGGUAUAUAUGUUGGUGAAGGAGAAUGGAUGUUUUUGCUCA